CUAAGUACGACUCCCAACAUCCAGCACAUGCGCGAAGGAAAGAGGACUGGUUUUAACGAAAUGGACAGGUGCUGAAGAAGGAUAGCCGAUAGGUUUUAUAAAAAAGAUGGACUAGCUGAGUCUAACUUGGAUAUUUGCUGCAUAAAUAAAAUUUUUCGUCACACCAAGGAACAAAAAAACGUUGAUGCAUUAACCAGGCCUUCUGUUAUACUUGCCAAACAAAAAGGAAACCUAUUUUAAAUUUUUUUUAUGAUUUAUUUUUUUUCCACCAUGGAUUCAAAAGGAGGAACAUGUCGGACCCAAACACAAAUCUCAUUGUCAAUUAUCUUCCUCAAACACUGUCUGACGAGGACUUUAAAGAGCUGUUUGAGAAGAUCGGGCCACUCAAAUCCUACAAAAUUGUCCGUGACAAGGCCACAAAUUACAGCUAUGGAUUUGGAUUUGUGGAUUACGUGAAUGAAGAGGAUGCAGAGCGGGCCAUCCAUGAAAUGAAUGGGCAGAAAAUGGACCACAAAACCAUUAAAGUGAGCUACGCAAGGAAAAACGACAGUGAAAGUAAAGGAGCCAAUAUCUACAUAGCAAAUAUACCCAGAUCUUUCGGGGAAGAGGAACUAGGAGCACAUUUCAGACAGUUUGGUGAAAUCAUUCAAGUGCGAUUGCUGAGGGACAAAUCCACCAAUGAAUCAAAGGGAGUUGGCUUUGUGUACUACACUAAGCGUUCAGAGGCUGCAGCAGCCCUGGAAGCCAUGAAUGGGAAAACUUUGUUGAAAGGCUAUCCAGCACUGUCCAUUAAGUUUGCCGAUAUAAAUGCGCGAAAAGGUCGGGCUCCGUACCAGAUCCAAGUCCAGACCAACCUCCGGUACCCCACCCCAGGCAGUAAUCCCUAUGGUGGGGGUCCUCAUGGACCAAUGAGAAGUACCAAUACUCGGAUGCGCUUCAAUCCAAUGAGUGGAAACUACUCCCCUGGGGUUGGGGGAGGAGGGGGAGGGGGAGGGGAUAUGGGAGGUCAGAUUCUGUUUGUGUACAACAUUGGAUACGAUGCUGAGGAGAAGACGCUGUGGCAGUUGUUUGCACCACUAGGAACUGUGACUAAAGUCAAUGUUAUCAUGGAUCAUGUCAGAAAUCAGUGUAAGGGCUACGGCUUUGUCACCAUGAAGCAUCUACAUGAGGCUGAAGGAGCCAUCUUGGCACUCAAUGGGGCUAUGUACAACAAUAGACGAUUGUCAGUGUCUUUCAAAUCGUGACAGACUGGUCAAAGAUGUAGUAAAUGUCUUGCAAAUCUUAUGUGCAUAAUAUUGGGGUUUUUUUUUUUCUUUUCUUACUUUUCUUUUAGAAAUGGUAGUCAAGUUUUGUUUGGGUUUUUUAAUAUUACAAGACAUGGUAAACAUUUUCUUUUUGGAGAAAUAAGCAAGGUAUGGUAACUUUAUUAUUUUUUUUUCUUGAUUGGUCUUUCAAAGAUUAUUAAAUAUGAUUUUAGAAAGAAAAGUGUCUGAUACAAAUAAAUUUUGAAAAUCAGAAGAUCAUAGGUAAUGAUAUUAGCAGUGAAAAAUCUGUUGUUUCAAAUAUUCUUUGAUUUGCUAUAUAUGUAAUAGGAAAUCCAGUUAUUUGUCAAACAUUUUUGUGUGUGUUAUUUUUUUGUGUCCAAGUAUUAGUGAUUUUGUUGCCGCUUUGUUAACAAAACUUUUAUUCAUUACAGUUCUUGUGAUUACCAGUUGUUAUCAUUUGUAGCAAGAGUUAAAAACAUUUGAUGUGUGUUUUAUCAGUGCUUAUUCAUGUAUUUCAUUGAAUAAAGAAUAUUAAGUAUAA